AGAAAAUUCUGAUUGGUUUGACGUGUUGACGGUGAGAUCGUAACAAAAUGCAUUUUUCGCGAGUUUCUCGUAUAAAUUUCGCUCGUUGUCGAUUGUUUUAAGUUUCUCGUGAUUGCUUAGUUCCGGAAAUCUUAAGAAGAGAGUUGCAAGCUUCUGGAAUUGCAGGUCUUUUCAGUGCAAAGCAUCUUGUUCCUGCCGUGCAAAAUAUUUACACUAAUUGCAGUAAAUUGCUCGUAAAAUUGAUAAGGGCAGCAACUGAAUAUCGAACAUACGGAAACGGUGAUUGAUUUACGCUCCCAGCGAUAAGAGCAUCUCGUUGAGGAGGGUACGAGGAGAGAAUUUCUAGAAACGGUGCAGGUAGUUCGGUGUUGAGACGUCAUCGUGACAUACUUUUAUCACUCGCCUGCGGGGCAUCUUCCCGUCCUGUUCGUUGUAAAUUGUGAGCAUCCGCAAGUUCAGUGUCCGAUUCCGGUAGUAUAGUAAACGGUCAGCGCCUGCAUGACGUCACAGAGCCGGGUAAACGUUUGGAUCGUUGAUUCGAAGGAGCGAGGCACCCGCACUGCACCUCCGCCAAAAUGAGCUGGUUCGACACUACAGGACUCGCGAGCUUGGCGAAAAACGCCCUUAAGGAGGCGCAAAAGCAAAUCGACAAAGCCCUGGAUAUCCAAGACGAUGAAAUGAUGUCCUCGUCGCCGCCAGAGACCAAAAGCAAGACGGAGCCCACCACUCCGUUGCAGCCGCUGUGGCCGACGAGCAAUCCGGCCCUUUGGGGCUCGUUCACCGGAUCGUUCUUCGACAACCCGAAAGCAAGUGAAAUGGUUACGACGCCACCGAAAAGUGGAUUUGCGGGAGCGUCGGAAAACAAGCGACCCUCGGUUGCCUCCAACUCGGAUUCGGUGGAGGUUCUCUCGUCCCCGGCAACUCCUUGUUCUGGCUCGGUGGUGACAUCACCGUCCGUGACUGUGUACAAUUCUGAAUCUGUCGAAAUCCUCACCACCCCCAACAGCAGUGAAUCGGCCAAGUCCCCGGAUAGUGUUGAAAUUUUAACGACCGACGAAAUUCUGGACGAUGACGACGACUCCAUGUCGUUUAGCACGGUCAUGGAUGACACAGUGGUGCCGAUCACUGUGGUCACCAUGCCUCCUAGCAAAACUUCAGUGACUGCAACUACAUCCGAACCAGUGAGCAAGGAUGUCAACUUAAAGAUGGAAACGGAUUCCUGCGAUUCUUCGAUGACUUUGCAGGACAGUAGCGUCGUUAUCGUGAAGCAAAGCUCGGUGCAGAGUGCCGACGACAGCUUCAUUGAAUCUCAGACGCUCCUCUCGGACUCCACACAAAGUUUCGAAGACGUGCAAAUACCUGACACCACUGCCGAGGACAAAGAACACGCAAAACCCAAUUCUGGUCCGAACUCUGGUCACACCUCUGCCGAUGAAGUCGAAACUGCUACCUCAUCCGAUAUCGAGAUAAUAUCAAACCCAAACGGGGACUCGAGCAGUACGAACAGCGCAUAUCGCUCGAGUCCACUGAAAACGCAAUCUAGCACUUGCAAAAAGGGGCUCCUGCCUGAAUGCAAAUCCUCGAAAAAGGGCCACAAUCGGGAACUUUCCGAGGUUUCAAUCCAAUCCGACGACUCGCAACUCAGUAGCCAUUCCGAAACGGACAAACUUCUUCGCAGAAUAACCGAACUCAAUGAAGUCAUAGAAGCCCGUGAAAUCCGACUGAUGGAACUUGGCCGGGAAAAUGCUCAACUGCACGAGAAAAACGCUGAGUACCAAGCAAUGCUGGACGCGAAACAGAAACGAAACGAUCACUUGGACGCUGAGGAGUACACGCAACGCCUCUCAGCACUCGAGAAAAAGUUUCAAAUGAGUAUCCGCGAGCGUGAUGCCCUCCGUGAUCAGCUCAAAGCAGCUCGAAAUGAGCUUUCCACGAAAAUCCCCAAAGACAAUCUGGAUAAAGUCGUCAGCGAAAAGGAUUUCAUGAUCGAAGAGCUUCGGACGGAAGGUGAGAAGUUGUCCAAACAAGUCCUACAGCAUUCAAAUAUCAUAAAGAAGUUACGCGCCAAAGAAAAGGAAAGCGAUACUCAGUUGAAGCGAAAUCGUGAGCAAAUCGAGGAGCUCAACGAGGAAGUCGAACGCCUGAAAAAGUCUCUGACCGCCAAGGAUGAAGUCGAACGCUCGCAAAUCGAGGCCGUGCACAAGCUUUCCUCGGAAAAACGGAAACUAGAGAAAGAAAACCAAUCAAUGAAGAGCCAAAUCGAGGACUUAACAUCGCGGCUUGAUACGCUCCAAGUAAGCUUUGAUGCUGCCAAAAAGGAGCUCUCAGACAAGCAACAAGCUCACUCGGAACUCACAAGAAAAACAGAGGCUCUUGCAAAUCUCGAGUCGGAGAAAAAACUCACUCAAACCCAGAACGAUGAAAUUCGAUCGCAACUGGACGAUCUUCGUGAAAAACUCCGAAUAGCCGAGACGGGAAAUUCAAUGCGUGAACAGAAACUGCGACAGGAUAACGCUGACUUGUUGAGACGACUAGAAGCAGCCGAACUUCGGGCCGAAGAACUGACGCAGGAAGUCAGUUUGGCCACAAUUCCGUUGGUGCGACAGCUUGACGCCUUACAGACGACGCUGACCACACGAACUAAUAAUUGGGAAAAGCAAGAGCGGUUGCUACUUAGUCGAUUAGAUGAGGCGCAAAACAAAUUGAAAUUGUUGGAAAAUGUGGAAGAGACGUCCAAUGAACAGCAAACGUUACUAAAUUCCAGGAUAAAGAGCCUCGAGGACAGGCUGUCGACUGCGCUGUUGAAAUCUGAGCAGACGAGUAGCUUGUUGCAGCAGGCAGAGUUGGAUUUCAAGUUGAAAGCGACUGAUUACAAAAGACAAAUCGAACGACUAACAACUCAACUAGAAGAAGCAACACAAGAAGUUAGUGAGCUCCGUGAAAAAUGUAAAUCACUAGAGAAAAGCAUCGCCAACGAACGUGAACUUCGCCUUAAAGAAUUAUCAGAGCGUUCCCCUCGCAACGAUAUAUCACAAGAAUCGAAUACCCUGGAAGCAGCAGAUACGUCUCAUCGGGAUCAGGAUGCCGGUACCAAUUCGGCGUCGCCCACUUUGAGUAUUGGGCGGAAUUCCAUAGCCGAAUCGUUAGGCAGCUCGGCUUGGCAAAUGGACGACUUAGAUUGCAUAUCGAAUUCGGGACGACAUAUGAGUGGUUCCGUGUACGGAAUGAGCAGUGGCUUUAGUCAAAUGGGACAUAGUGCUUCGAUGUUUGAAACCUUACAAGCAACGUUGAAGCAACGCGAUGGAGAAGUUAGUCAACUGCAGUGGGAACUUUCGCGGUUGCAGUCAGAGCGGACUGUCCUGAGUGCGGAGAUAUCAAACUUAACAAUGGAAUUAGAAAAUAUCAAAGAAAAACUCGCAAUGCACGAAGACUUGGAAAAAGAAUUUUCUGAGCUUCAACGGCAAUACGACGCGCUCUUACAGAUGUACGGCGAGAAAGUUGAAGAAACCCAAGAACUUGAACUAGACCUGCAAGACGUGAAGGAGAUGUACAAAGCGCAGAUAGAUGAAUUACUACGACAGAAAAAUUCGGCUCCUAGUUCAUCAUAAUCUAGCGCUGGUUUGCUGGCAAAUUGGUUAUUUCUUGUUUUUUGCGCUAAGUGUUAUUUAUUUUUGUCCCAAUCUUCUUGCUAUUAACUGUCUGUGGUAUGAAAUAUUCGACGAUAUUGCCGGCAAAAUGUUUUUGAAGCGAUUCAUUCUCGUUUCCCCGAAACAGAGAUGAAUGUCACGGUGGGGUCCAGUAUCUGAAACGACUAAUUGUACAACAAGGAGUCGAGCCGAAUGAUGUUCAACAGAUCGACUGUGAGCUCGGAGGGAGGCAACUGUUAUGGUUAAUCAGUGAAUUUCACAUUCCUCGUUCAAAGUAUGAUGUAGGGUUGUAAGUAGUACAACCUGCACUGGGAUUGUUGAAUAUCAUUUUGCAUCAAAGGAAAAUUGAGCAUCUUAGAUUUGUAAAUUUAGUAUAGAUAAAAGGAAAUUAUAUAUAAAAAUUAUUCGAGUAAACUAUUGAAAGUAUUUUAAAAAAUAUUUUAGUGUUAAUAACCAGAAAGAGCACCCUGAAACCUUUGUAAUAUGCGAAGAUAGGACGGUGCGUGUGAUCUACAUAUAUGUAUAUUGUUAUGAUAUUCUUUUGCCUUAGUAAAGAUUUUUAUUUUAUUUAAAAGCAAAAUAUUAAUGGUUUUUUGUUUAUUAGUUGCACCAGAGAAUCGUGUUCAUCCCCUCUUGAUCUAAUGCAAGCUUCACUGAAAGCAGUGAAUCUUAUAGCGAAAAUUUUAAUCGUAUCCUGCUAUUAGAUAUGCAACAAUUUGGUAACAAAAAUAUCUCAAGAAGCCUAUGAAGUUAUUAUAUAUAUUUUAAAUCGAUACUAAAAAA